AUGUCGCGAAGCCACCGCCCUUCGACUACGCCCAUGGACUUUGAGUGGACAAAUCAGACAGGACCCAUUGACGCACAAUCGCCCUUCCUCGCCGCCAGCCAGCAAAAGAAGCGUAAGCACUCUCCGACCGGGCCCUGGUUGGGCCACGCAGGCCCCCACUCCGUCGUCGACUCCCCCUCCAAAGGCGGCUUUGCGACGCCAACUCGUUUACGCGACCCCGACAACCGCAUGACAUACUUCAGCCGCGACCCGAGCAAGCCCUUGCCCUCCACACCAGCCUCUUCACUACCCGCACACAUCCAGCCCAGCCCUUGGUCGAUGCGCACCCCAUCACACGACAUCGACUUUAGUUCAGGCGGCGAGACCCCUGGCACCCCGAUGAUAGACAGCGACAUCGGCACACCAGACACACAAUUGGCCAACAAGAUGGGACGACUGGCUAAUGGCGAUGCCGACAGGAAGGGUGGCCGCCGCGACAGCUGGUUCAAGCGGACCUUCAUGUCGACCCCAAGCCCAACCAAGGAUCGUGACAAGGAGCGAGAACGAGACAAGGACCAGCUCCAGCCCCAAAAGCCCUACUCCAAAAAGGCAGAGAGCCGCAUCGUCAAGCGCCGCUCCGAGCGAUCGCGGUCUAAGAAGCGAGUCGCCCUUCGUGAUGACGAUGCUGACGACUCAGACAACGAUCAAGCCCGCCGGCCCAUUGCCCCAAAAGAGGCGGGGCCUGUUCAACAAACCUUUGCUAUGAGUCUCGGUGGAUUCUUGUCGUGGAUCGAAGCCCAUCCAAACCUUCCUUCUGUACUCUCCUACUACCUUCAACUCACCGUCAACAUGUUUCUUGGCAGCCUCUUCAUAUACAUUGUCUAUUCUGCAUGGGCGGGCGUCAUGACCGACGUGGACAUCGAGUCUUCCAAGCAUGCCUCGGAGGUCAUGGUGGAGAUUGCUGCUUGUGCCACCGAGUACAAUCGCAAUCGCUGCCGGCCCCAGGAGGUGGUACCAGCCAUGGAGAAGGCCUGUGGUGUGUGGGAGACUUGCAUGAACCGUGACCCUAAGAAGGUUGCGCGCGCAAGUGUGACAGCAAAGACAUUUGCUAUGAUUUUCAACAGUUUUGUUGAAGAGUUCAGCUACAAAUCUAUGAUCUUCACAGCCAUCAUCAUCUUCGGUGGCUUCAAUCUCUCAAACUGGGCCUUUGGCCUCCUCCGUUCCCAACAACAACAGCAGCAACAGCAGCAACAAUCACAACACUCGCAAGGCGAUUACAUGCCGCAAACUCCCCAUCGCGUAGCCUCGAACUCGUACAUGGGCCAUCAGCAACAACAGCAAGGGUACCAUAACCCGUAUCAGCAAAACUGGCAACAACAACAUUUGCCGCCCUACCAAUCGCAACACACGCCGUACACCGGCCAAAGACAUAUCGAGGCGGCUCCGCCCCUCAUCCACGCACAUACUAUGCCUCAGCUACCUUCUGCUACAUCAAACAGCAUGGCGGAUUCAGUUUCCUCUGCACACUUGCUGGAAGGCAGUAGUAGAACUACUCGAAAGAGGAAUAUAUUUAGGUAG